GCAAGGGUUGAGAGGAUAUUCUCACAAUAGCAGAGUUCAACACGACUCAGGCUUUACUGUAAACUGGCUAAUUUUUACUCAUGUUGUCAGUCAUAGCUGACUUGCAAUGGCAACACGCUGGGGAAUAUGCAGUGCUGGAAAAAUCAGUCAUGACUUCUCGGUUGCUUUACGGACCCUGACUCCCGGUGACCAUGAGAUAGUGGCUGUUGCAGCGAGGGAUCUGCUGCAUGCUGAAGAAUUUGCCAAAAAGCACAACAUCCCUCGAGCAUAUGGAAGUUAUAAUGAGUUGGCAAACGAUCCAGACAUCGAUGUGGUGUACAUUGGCACCAUCCAUCCUUACCACCUGGCCACUGGCAAGCUCUUUAUGAAUUCCCAAAAGAAUGUGCUGAUUGAGAAGCCUCUGGCCAUGAAUUCAAGGGAGGUGCAGGAACUCAUCACUGUAGCCCAAGACAACGGUGUCUUUUUCAUGGAGGCCAUUUGGACACGUUUCUUUCCUGCAUCCCUUGAACUGAGGAGACUGCUAGGCCAGGGUGAAGUGGGCGAUGUUCAGAUGGUGAGGGCUGAUCUCGGGGCUCCACUCACCCACAUUCCUCGCUUCGCUGAGAGGAAGUUGGGAGGCGGGGCAGUGCUGGACCUGGGCAUCUACUCUCUGCAGUUUAUCCUCAUGGUUUUUAAUGGCGAGAGGCCUGAGUCCAUCCACGCCACAGGGAACUGCAUAGACACAGGUGUUGAUGGAACAGCAGUUAUGGUUUUGAAGUUCUCAGGAAACAGACUUGCCAUUUCCACUUGCUCAAUCACCACAACGCUGAGCUGUGAAGCGGUUAUCUCUGGGACCAAAGGCACCAUUAAGAUACCCAACCAUAUGUGGUGCCCCACAUCCUUGGAGGUGAAUGGGAAGGAGGUGCAGUUCCCCCUGCCAGAGCCUGACAUGCCACUAAACUUUAAAAACAGCACAGGUCUACGAUAUGAAGCUGAGGAGGUCCGCCACUGUCUGCUGAAAGGUCUGAAGGAGAGUCCAGGGAUGCCGUGGGCGCACUCCAGCCUGUCAGCAGAACUUAUAGAUGAGGCCAGAAGACAAAUGGGAGUGACAUAUGACCAAGACAACAUCCAGUGAUGGGUUCUCAGCGACAGCUAGGGAGCAGACCUGUACCUCAGCAUACAGAAUGACAGAAUCUUAAUCAGGUUUCCUCUUAAAUUCAGGUCAUGUAGGUUCAUUGUACAUGUUAUGAUGAAUAUUGAACUAUUUUAUGUUUGUGUGUGAGUGUGUGAAUGUGUAAUACAGUAAAAUUUACAAUGGUUUCAGCCUAUUCAGGUGGUCCUAGUAAGUCAUGACAGUGUGACAGAUGACUGAUUGAAAUUUAGCCAUCAUUAAUUUUAUCAUUUACAUCUGUGAUUUCCCCACCAUGACAUGUCAAAAGGCUGUCUCUGAAAAAAGUAUUUUUGUACACAUUUCAUUGAGUCUCUUGGCUGUGUCUUGAGUGAACAUUUGGCUGGGUUGUAAAUUGUCAUUGAUUAAA